AAUAUUGACCCGGGGCUUUUUAUCACAGGUGUCCGUUCAUCGAGGGAUCAAUGAAGCGAUGAGCAUAACCUCCUAUCUAUAUAUUACAUAUACAGAGCAAUAAAAAGGCGUAUAGGGACUUCCAAGCGCGACCACUUUAUUAUCGCUCCACCGAUACACACAUAACAAAGUGCAAAUUCAGAAUAUCACAGUAGUUCAGGUGUAGGAAGUCAAUACUGGAUUAGGAUACAGGUAGCUAUUUCUUGGGUCAUUUUCCUCCCCGGCGACAAACUGCGAUAAAGACUGGAUUCUUGUUCGCCAAGAAAGAUACAACUGCAUUAAAACCUAUAACAGGGAUUUUUAGGUGCAUUGAUUAAGUGUAUCUAAACACCUUUAUAGACAUUUUACGUAAUAGUUUGGGAUGGCUUUUUAACAUGACUCAACGUCUCUGUCAAACUUAAGCUAAGUAAAGAAGUGUAAAGAUUCAUGCUGUGAAAAAUCUUGUGCUCCGUUGGAAACUCGUAAAUGUCAGGUUGCUGGAAUUUCUAAGUGAUGCGGUCCACGCAACAUGAGGGUGCCGUUGUCGACACGGACGCUAUAUUGAGAAUCACCAGGGCACCCAAAACUCCUCCCACUUACGUCCCCCGCAGUCGGUCUAUGGAGGAUCUCCCUGGAGGAUUACGUGUCCCAAUCCUCCAGAGGCCGCAGUCCCGGGUCGCAGCCCGUCUAGAGGCCCUGCAGGACGGUCUUCAGGAACUUAAUAUUCUGAGGGAGCACCAGAAAGAACUCGUUGAUCAUGUCAAAGUCAGGCAUAUCGUGGAGAAAAAACAGGAACAGGGUUCACACCUGUCAAGGAGGCGGUACUCUACCAGUGCUCUAAGCAGUAUCAGUGAGGAAAAUACAUAUGUCAACUUUCCAGUUCGCCAUCAAUCUCAACUGAACAACGCCACUAACAGAGAAAAUAAAACUCCGAAUAAUUCCUCUCGCACUACUGAUAAUACUUCUGUGAUGCAUUCCAAAAGAAGACGGCCGUCUUUUCAGUGCGACACAAUUAUUACCAAAGACUUCAACCAACAGAUUCCUUACAUGGCUUCUAAUGGAAACCAGACUUUUCCCAGCCCCAUGCAUGCAGUAAUGAGACACUAUGAAGUUGUUCUUAAGAGUGCUAAUUCCGAAUCCAAUCUGAGGAAAUCCACUUCACAAUGCGAACUGAAAUCCACCCCAACCCAGAAUUCUAUAAGGGAUUCUAUUGAAAAUGUCUCGAAAACGGAGGGGCUUCAAAAGUAUCUCAAACAGCGCCGAUCAAGUUUGCCUGUUGCAUUGAAAUCUGUAAAAGUGACUGAUAUAGAUCAAUUUUGGCAGAACUACAGUAAUGGGAUAAAGAUAAAUGGAAAUAAAUAUGCCAAAGAAGACAUCAAUUCCAUGUCAUUAGAUACUACGACAGAAUCGACUUUAUCGUCAGUUGAAGAGGAGACUGAACAAGAGAAUCAAAAUACAGGUCCAACAGAAAAGGACCAAAAAGAGCAGCUAGAAACUGCUCUGUAAACAAAAGAUGCCCACAGCAACUUUCAUUUUGAAUGUUAAUCCCUCUUUGUUUUACAAAAAAUUCAUUCACAAUGAAUUGG